AUGAGCCGCAGCGUUGUCCUCGUGGCAACCUGUGCCAGCUUGGCGCAUGCUCUCCUCCACGCGGCGCCGCGGCGCGCACCGAAACUCCAAGCGACGGCCACGAAGGAGCUCGACCUCAAGGAGCGCAAGGCCCAGAGCCCCGUCGAGGAGCUGGGCGAGGACAUGUGUUUGAUUCCGGGCGAGGUCGUCGUGAGGGUGGACGCGGCGCCGGGCAACGCUCGCAGAAUCUAUACGGGCGUCGACAUCAAUGCGGACGUCGACACGGUUUGGGGGUUGCUGACGGACUAUGAAGGGUUAGCUGAAGUGGUACCUAACUUAGUGAGCAACGAAGUCGUGCAGCUCACCGCGAACGGGGCCAAGAUCAAGCAGAUUGGGGCAGCGCAAGUCUUGCCGGGCUUGACCUUUAAGGCCUCCAUGGUCGUGGACGUGACGGAGGUCAUAGGCGGUUUAGAUCCAUCCAAAAUUAGAAGAGGAGAAUUACUAGAUGAGCCCCACGACGAGGACGCCCUGCGGCAGGCGGAACGGCGCGAACGACUGGAACGAGGCGUCUUCCCGCGACCCUGGGCCACGGCGACGUCGGACCCCGCGCUCACGCGGGACAUCACGAUGGUCUCGGCGGUUGGAGAGGCCGGGGAUUUCACUUUGUAUCAGGGCCUCUGGCGGGCCCAGCCGUUGCCGAACUGCGGCAUUGAUGGAGGGGAUGCCACUCGCUUGACUUAUGCGGUCGAGAUCCAGCCGCGGCCGUGGCUGCCGGUCGCGCUUGUGGAAAAUAGGAUCGCGCGCGACCUCGUGACGAAUCUCGAGGCUGUGGCGGUGGAGGCGGCCGUGCGCUACCGGGAUCAAUCAAGGCGGAACGCCACGUCCAUCGAAGUCGCGGUCGACUCCAUGGCGGCGAGCGGUGCGUGAAUCAAAUCGUCGCGCGUCUCACGCCAUCGUCGCGACGUCAGCACGAUGGCGUGGCUGCGAGCACCUGACUCACUGGUUGAUUUGCGCACAGGCGGCGAUCCAGAAGCGCCCCGAGGACGCCGUAAAAAGAGCAAGGGACCGCCUCAUGCAGACGGUGCGGCGGUGCUCGGACGCGGGUCUCGGUGCGGCUUCGGUGGAUGUCCGGGCCAUCCGCGAGGAGGCCGAGGCGCUGUCGGCGCGAGCUCGGGAGGCCGACCGCGCGGACCGGCCGCGGCCGGGGCGAGGAUAUGCCCCCUCAAUCUUCGACGCGCGGCGCUUCGCCGGCGCCUGGGACGUCCUCUACUCGUCGGCCGUCGCCGGCGCGACGGCCUCGACCAAAAACGAGCGCGCCCCCAGCUCCGUGGUGAAGUACACGCGCGCCGGCGCCGUGCCGCGGCGGCGCGACCGGCUGAGAAGGUCGCUGCCGGGGCCCGGCGCCGUCGUCGGCCUCUUCCCGCGGACGACGGAGGCCCUCGGGAAGUUCGCUCUGAAAUCGUUAGAGUAUAGAGUGAAGCCGAGCGCGGCCGGCGACGGCGUCGACACGGUCGUCGCCUUCCGCGCGCGGGCCACGCCGCUCCUGCCGCCGCCGGCCAUACGGGUCGAGCACGCGCUCGCGGCGCCCAAGGCGCCCUACGCCGCGACGCUUCUGACCAAAAGCGUCUCCGUCGAGCCCGCCGACGGCACGGGCCGCGUCGCGCGGGCCCUGCCCCGGCCCGCCGUCCCAGCCGGCUGGCUGCCGGCCUGGCUGCCGGGCGUGAACCGGCGGACGAGCUUCUCCGUGCUCUACGCCGACGACGACCUCCUCGUGACGCUGUCCGACGACGACGACCUCCGCGUCGCGCGGCGGAAGGCGCUCUAA